AUGUUUGAUAUGCAAUCAGAGGGGGGCAGGAAGGCUGUGCAAAGACAAGAGGCGGGGCUCUGUUGGCCGUUGCGAGAUGGUUACAAGAGAUCGCCCCACCAAAUGCUGUUGCUGCUAGGCGUCUUGGUGCUAUUUGUGCCGGUCACUGUACCGUGUCCACAGUCAUGUUCAUGCUCUCAAACUACUGUUAUAUGUACAGGACAAGGCUUAACCCGAAUUCCUAUCGGGAUUCCAACCGAUACCCAACGUUUGGAUCUUCAAGAGAACAAAAUCUCGGUGGUGAGGAGAGAUGAUCUUGCCGCACUUCGUCAACUCAAAAUUUUGCAAUUAAUGGACAAUCAGAUCCAUAUGAUCGAAGAGAAUGCAUUCGAUAAUCUAUUACAACUUGAAAGAUUGUAG